AUGUCUAUGGACGUUAAUGAGUUAUCAUCGGCCACUACUUCUGUAACAGCAACAUUAGGCAUUUCUAUCGAACCAGUCGCCAUGGUGGAAUCACAAAUUGCAACGCUCCCUCAGACAUCUAACCAACCACAAACCAGUAGUGGUUUUGGUGGUAUAAGUAUAACCCCAGAGCUUAUUAGUCAAAUAACGCAGAACACACUUCGGAACCUCUAUAAUUAUGCUACAUCAUUCUCUACAUCUUCUACCCCUUUUGGUUCGCAAAUAAUUGGGACUGGCAAUACGUUUAUAUCAGCGAAAGUGUUCCAGGAUUGGUAUGAAACUUUCACACGCAAAGUUAAGAUUGACCCAAAUGUGGUGUUGAAAGACGAUAAUAAUAGUAUGAGCUAA